AUGCCAGCAAAUGUAACUCAAGCCGGACAGAAGGAUGACUUCACGCAUGGUUACGCCGAGCUGGGGAAAGAAGGUACUGUAGCGUCAAGUCAGCGAUAUCUUGACCUGCCGACCAGAUGGAGAGAGGAGGAGGGCAGAGGUAGGCAGAGGAUGCCCGAUAUGCCCAACGUCAGGCAACGGAUGCAUGAUGACUCGGGCAACGGCGACUGGCUGACGGGCCGACCGCUUGCCUUGUUUGAUGCUGGAGGCCGGUUCAAGCCAGAGGGAGGGGAAGAGAGAGGCCUCAACGAAGUGCAAGGCUUUAGAGGUAUACAAGAGGCACACUACCGGUACCCAUGUCCCGCAUCCAUCCAUGGCCGCUUUGGACUCGCUGGCGCGACUGCUGCUGUGCAGCCCGAGCAGGCCCGAGCUUCCUGCGGCGGUGCGGAGAAGCUGAAAGGACGAAAUCCGGAGUCGGCCACGACCGGCAGCACUUGGCCAUUAACAGUUGGCCGGGCCCACUUGCGUCUUUUUCACUUGCUCGCCCUGGCACCGCAUCACGGGUUGAGGAGACUCGGCCAGUGGAAUUUGUCCCGGACGCGGCCGGCUGUGCCCGCCAUUGGCUGUAAACGAGCGAACAAGACGUUCCAGAACGUCAUUGGGAACAGCGACCCGCGAGCUGUACCUGCGCUUGCUGCUGCUGGUGGUGGUGGUGGUGGUCCCAGAUAUGCAGCCAGUUUCCCCUUUUUCCAACACCUGGACUUGGAAGGAAAGAGCUCCCCUCAAGAGGAAUCCUUUUGGUUUGCAACAACAUCGACGAAGGGACGCCGGCCGUUGGUAUUCCAGCGUUUAUCUGCCCCACCGGCUAGCACCAGGGGCGACGACGCGAUGAAACCCCGCCUUGCCCACCUGGGACCCGACGUGGCAGUCUCUGCAGGUUGA